ACAAAUUGUUUUGUUUUACAGCUGAAGAAGAUAUUUGCUCAAGUAAUAAUAGCCAUGGCUCAUCAUGGGUACCUGGAAUUAGAGGGCGGGCAUCAAAUGAUAGAGUUUAUUGUCAAGCAGUGUUCCCUCCCAAACGAUCCACCCGGCAAGCGUUCACCUGACCCAGAAUAUGUGAGUAACCAAGCACUGCGACUAAUGUGUGACAAUGUUCUACAACUCUUGGCUACCACUGUAGAGGAAAUGGAACCGGUAUUAUGGCCCUUCUUACUGGAGAUGAUUGAGCCCGAACAGUACACAGAGGCAGGCUGUGUGGUCUGUAAAUGUCUGGCCCACCUCGCCAACAAGAAACGGGAGGAGAAGGCCGAGGAUUACAAUCUGGACUACGACGUCCUGGCGAACACCCCGAAACCAAAUGUCAUGAUAGCAAGAUUAAUGGUUUUAGCUGGUUGUCCCAAAAACAACAGAGAUAGGGGGAUUCAUGUUCUGCAGCUGAUGAAGGGAAUGUCUCCAAACCUCAAUGACAAUCUAGUGGAACUCUGGGAUACAGUGAUUCCUAAACUCACUCAGUAUCUAGAGGAUGCCGGUAAAGAAGACAGCUGGUCACAGAAGAACUGGGAGGAUCUAGCACUGAAGGUGAAGAUGAUAAUUCUAGAGUAA